AGCCUCCUUCCUUCCUCGUUUCUUUCUAUCUGUUUUGCAGUCUGAAAAUGGCGUCUUCACUUCUCAUGUUUUCUCUCUUCAUCUUCCUCGCUUCGUCUCUCUUCCUCUCCCAUGCCUUCCCCGGUAAACACCCCCAUUCCCAUACCAGCUCCGCCCAACACAAUUACAAAGAUGCUCUCACCAAAUCUAUCCUUUUUUUCGAGGGUCAGAGAUCAGGGAAGCUUCCUUCUAACCAGAGAAUGACUUGGAGAAAAGACUCCGCUCUCUCUGAUGGCUCCUCCGUCAAUGUUGACUUGGUGGGAGGUUAUUAUGAUGCAGGGGAUAAUGUGAAAUUUGGGUUUCCAAUGGCGUUCACAAUCACAAUGCUUUCAUGGAGUGUGAUUGAGUUUGGCGGGUUAAUGAAAUCUGAAUUGCAGAAUUCAAGACAAGCUAUCCGUUGGGGUACUGAUUAUCUUCUUAAAGCAACAGCUCAACCAGACACUAUAUACGUUCAGGUUGGUGAUCCUAGCAAGGACCAUGCUUGCUGGGAAAGGCCAGAGGAUAUGGAUACUGAAAGAACAGUGUUGAAGAUAGACAGAAACAACCCAGGUACAGACGUGGCGGCCGAGACCGCCGCCGCUCUGGCCGCCGCUUCCCUGGUUUUCCGGAGAGUGGAUCCUGCUUACUCCAAUACCCUCAUCAGAAGAGCCAUCAAGGUGUUCAAAUUUGCUGACAAAUACAGAGGAAGUUACAGCGACAAGUUGGGGAGUCUUGUCUGCCCUUUUUACUGCUCUUACUCUGGUUUUCAGGAUGAACUUUUAUGGGGCGCUGCUUGGCUACACGAGGCCACGAAAGAUCCAUCAUACCUUAGCUACAUUGAAGCAAAUGGCCAAACUCUUGGGGCGAACGAAGGUGGCAACACGUUUAGUUGGGAUAACAAACAUGUCGGAGCAAGAAUCCUUCUAUCUAAGGCAUUUUUGACCCAAAAGGUUCAAUCUCUACAUGAUUAUAAAAGACGAUCCGAUGAUUUCAUAUGUUCAAUUAUUCCUGGUUCUCAAACUCCAUACACUCCAGGCGGAUUACUAUUCAAGAUGAAGGAGAGUAACAUGCAGUAUGUAACUACAACCUCGUUCCUAUUACUAACCUACGCGAACUACCUUGCCUCCUCCCAUAAGACAGUGAGCUGCGGCGGAACUGUUGUUACUCCGAAAACACUCCGUUCAAUAGCAAAGAAACAGGUGGAUUAUAUAUUGGGUUCUAAUCCAUUGAAAAUGUCGUACAUGGUCGGGUAUGGUCCGAAGUAUCCAGUAAGGGUUCAUCACAGGGCAUCUUCUAUUCCAUCAAUGUCGUCCCAUCCGGAGAAGAUACCCUGUUCUUCCGGGUUUGGUUUCUUUAAUACUCAGUCUGCUAACCCUAAUGUUCUUGUGGGGGCUAUUGUGGGUGGGCCAGAUCAAAAUGAUGGGUUUCCUGAUCAACGGUCUGACUACUUACAUUCGGAACCGGCUACCUAUAUCAAUGCACCGCUGGUUGGAUCUUUGGCUUAUCUUGCGCACUCAUUUCACUAGCUAGCUUUGAAUCAAAGGAAGGGCAAAUGGAAGUGUUUUUAUCUUUACUAAUAAAUAAAUAUUUAGCUUUGGUUUGAAUCAAUCAAUCGGUCGGUCGGUCUCAACUGCCCAGGAUUGAGCUAGCUAGUAGGCUAGCCCUAGUAGUUAUAUUGUAGGCCUUUUUCUAUGUUAAUCGUGAACCGAGACACAGAAGAAGAGGGGCUAGUUUAGUGAAAGAGGGCGCCCAAUGUAUGUUUGACCAUUGGGCUGGGCUAGUCUAGUCUAGUCAUAGUUUUCUAGUUUGAUUGUGAUUUCAGUAUCUUGUGAAGGUACACAAUAUUUCAGCC